AUGGAUGAGGGUCGCCAGGCGCAACAGCUGGAGGCUAUGGACUCCUUCCUGGGUAACACACGACAGUUUUUCCAGGGAGUGCCGUCCUCAACGCGUGGGUAUGGGGUCCCAACAUCAAGGGAUGACAGCCAUGCUCCACCCACGCCAACACCUCCUGCCACGCCUACUUUGCCACCUUCUCAUCCGUACCACCCAUAUCCACAGCCCAUGACAGGGGCAGUACCGGCCACGAGUGUGCCUGGUUUGCUGCCCCCUAGUCGACCCAUGACACCUGUAACACCAUCUCACAAGCCGCCUGAUCACAGCACGUCUGCUUCACCUUACAAUAUACCCUUCCUUCACCCAACUGGUACUAAACCUUCAUCUGCAGACGCUCGUUUCCUCCCUUUUGAACAGCAAUAUCGUCAAGCAGCAUUAGCUACAGGAUCAGUAGUAGCACCAUCUUCUACGAGAUCAUCUGACACUUUACAUAGCUCAAGAGCUCCAUCCCAGUCACAUAACAAUGGUCAAGGACUCACUGUUGAGUCACGCAUGUCCUCGCGCACUUAUGCUAAGCCUCCAUCUCUGCCCGUUGAAGGACGGUCCCAUAUGCCUGUAUAUACUACACAGGCUCCCAGCACAGAUUUACGGCAUCCACGACUUUACAAUAGCACACAGCCCCUUCCUAAUGACGUAAGGGUGUUUUCUCACCCUUACAGUUCUCAAAAUUCCACUGACUCGCCAAUGGGAGCAGCAGCAGCACCACCACCACCGCCACACAGUGAUAGUAAAUAUUUUCCUAGGCCAGAGCCACGACCCCCUGACCCUCGUAUUCCUGAAGCUCGAGAUCUAAGAGCAGACAUUCAUCAAGAGCAUUGGGGUCCAUAUGGAACUCCACAUGCAAAGUCCUUAGAGAGACUUGCACCUUCCGUCCACUUUGCUGAAACUUCUGCUAGUGUGAACGGCUCCAAAGAUGCCCGUUACUUGGGCAAAAAGCCAGAAGAAGUAGCAAACAUUGGUCGGCCAGAGAAUUCCUUGUUCAGAAAAAGUAUUGAAUCAUUACAGGUGAAUGGUUCAAGAGACUCACUUUACCCUAAUGGGUCUCACAGUGUUCAUUCUUUAGACACUAAACGAGAUCCCUCUUCCGAAAUGAAAAUUGAUAACCGCCCAAAGGAAGAUUCUGCCCUCGACCUCUCGGUCAAAACUGUUCGGCAAACUUCCGACUCCAGUGCUCCCAGUACUGAAAAAAGUCAUAGCCAGUCCCCACACAUAACUACACCAUUGGUAGAAAAAUCUACAAAAGAUCCUCAGAGAAGAACUCCAAGUUCCUCUGUUCCUGUUACUUCCCCUUACAGCAGAACUCCUAGUAGAGAUGCAUCACCAUCACAAUUAUCAGAAUUAAUCAAAAAUGCCCCAGGGAUUUCAGGAACUUCAAGGGGAGCUUCUCCAAGUCAUUCACAUCAGUAUGGUAUCACUGGCUCUCCUAGACCUUUGCAGUCUCCUAGUCCUCUGGCACGGCCAUCACACAUGCUACCACCCACAAAGAGGACGGGCGACCCACCAUACUAUGAUCAUGCAUCCAAGUACGCUCGGCUAAGUCUUAACCCAUCUAGUAAAGGUCUGCCUUCCACAGACCUUGUACAUGAGAGAUCCUUAGCCAGUGCCCAUAAAGAGUCUUUGAUUGACCAAAGUCGUGGUCUACCUUUAUAUGUAGCACCAUCUGCCAGUAAAGAGCUAGAUAUUAGGUACAGUGGUGAAUCAAAAAUUGAGAAAAGACCACUUCAUCCAGAUGCAAGAGAUCAUGGUGUUGACUGGAGGGAGAGAAGAGACAUAUCUUCUGAAAGACGAGAUUUAAGUAUUAGUAUAGAACGGAAGAACCCUGUCCUUGACAUCAGAGAUUCAAGCCUUGAGAGGAGAGAGCCACCCAUGGAAAGCAAAGACUUGAUUAUUUCCAGAAAAGAUGCAGCACCUGAGGGGAAAGACUCAAAUUAUGACAGGAGAGAGAUUUCAACAGUUGAACAAAAAUAUUCUUAUGGAAAGCAUCCUGCUGCCAUUGCAGCCUCUGUUGACCCUUACAGGACAUGGAUGAUGCCCUAUGAUCAUUCUAAAUACAACAGCGUAUCACUAGACAGACAAAAAUAUGUGCCAGGAUCCCAACCUGUGCCAACUUCCGUCCCCACUAGUUUACCUCAUCAAAAUUCUAGGGUUCCUCCUGCUCAACUUCAUUCUUCUUAUCGACAUCCUUCAGACACAAGACUACCUCAGACUCCAUAUGCAUCACAGGCAAGUCAUACUGCUGCACCUGCACAUCCACCAGCCCAAGGAAGUUCAGCUCAGUCAACUCCAGCCAAAAUCCACCAACCAUACAUUCAACAAUCACCUAGUAAUAGUAGUAGUAGCAGCAGCAGCAGCAGCAGCAGAACAAGUCAGAUACCUACCACUCAGAGCAGUGGCCAUCCAUCACAGUCACCUGCAACUACUGGGCAGCUUAAUUCUGCAACUCAGCCUCAUUAUCCUUAUCCAUACAACCAUGCGGUUGCAGCUCAUUAUGCACAACAGCAGCAACAACACCACAGGCAGCCAAGGCCACCAUCGGCUUAUCCACCAUUUAAUCUGCCUCAGAGCACCAAGUCGUCAUCUCUUCCACCGCCUGCCCUUACUCCUCAGCAGGUCCAUCAACCGUAUCUGUAUCCUCAGCAUCGCAGCGAUCCAUCCCUGAGUCUUUAUCCAAGUAAACGAUCAAAUCAGUUAUCUCCACAUCCAUCUGGUUCACCCCAUCCCUCUAUAUCACCUCAUCCUUCUGCAUCACCUAACACUGCUGCAUCUCCUCAUCCAGCAGCAUCGCCACAUCAUAUGAUAGCUUCACCACGGUCAGCAGUCUCUCCUCAUGUUGCUCAGCAAUCCCGAAUCCCUCAAUAUUCUCCUCAUCAUACUCAGAGACCAUCAUCUGCAUCAAGUAUGCAGCACAAUUACCCAGGAAGCCUCCCUCCCAGUCCUUAUUCAGGGCCCCAGUCCCACAUAUCUCAUACAACCCCUCCAUCUUCUAGACCUUCAUCUGCAACUUCCCAACAUUCUCUGUCUUCUCAGGCUACUCCAGUAUCUUCCCAAUCUCAGCGUUCCCCAUACCCAUCACCAGCACAUUCACAAUCUCUACAAUCGCCAGUUCAUCCACAGUCCAGUACUAGUCAUCCAUCACAACCUUAUUCAUCCCAGAGUCAAUCCCCCCAUCCUUCACAAGGGCCUCCUCCUCCUCCUUCACACACUCCACAGACACGCGUAUCCCCCCCACCACCACCAUCCUUACCCAGCUAA